UACAUGCGCAUGCUUCUGAGCAUGUUAUACUUUCUAGUAGCAGCCCAGCCCCGCCCCCCCACCAUGGUUACUGCAGAUAAGCACAAAAGACGGCUAGGCCGGACUACAUGACACUGCAGAAAGAACUACUGUACUACUGUGAGAGAUAGCAGCUCAACAAAAAAAUGACUCUGAGAAAUGUUAUGACUGUUUCCUCACUCCUCUUUUGGUCGUUUUUCUCUCUGAUAUUAGCAGAAAUUCUGGUAGCCCCUGAGACUCAACGAGUUGCUAUCAACUCUGGAAUGGCUGAGUUCUACUGCAAAACCAUGGGACACAACGCUAGGUGGCUUGUGGAUAGAAGUACCUACGACCCUGAGAAUAGAACCGAAGACGGGCUGAGUUUUAUGGAGCUCAUUACACCUGACCUGGACGGGUUUGAUGACAACAUAUAUGAUAUAUAUUUGCAAAUUCCCUCUUCUCUUGAUCGUAACUCCACUGAAAUCAGAUGCUUAUCAGCGAGAGAUCAACCAUACGUUAGCGAACUAGUCAAGCUGAUCAUAAUGGGUGGUCCAGCUGCACCAGAACCUUUCCUCAACACUAUCAGCAUGUCUCUCCUCACUCUGGAGUGGAACAAACCCUUCUCUUGGUCAGAGUACCCUGUUGAGCACUACACUCUCACAUCCAACCAUAGCCUCUACUACCCGUCGGAAUUAAGGAUCAACAAUGCUACAAUGUCCCAAGGCAGUAUGCAGAUAGAGAAGAAAGACGGUUUGGAAGAAUGUGAAGUGAUUGAGUUCACUAUGAAAGCUAACAAUGGACUAGCCGACAGCCCAGCUGGAACUACCACUGGAGGGUUCCCAAUUUCUUUUGUUUUUUCCGAAACAUCAAUAAGCUAUAUGGACACGGUAUCAUUUGUGUGCGGAAGCUCAUUAAAUAUUUCUUUUCUAAUACAGUUACCUCUGGUCUGUUGGUUUCAAGUCAUUCAAUAUAAUGUCACUAUUUAUAAUGGAGCUGAAGUUGUCAUAACUACCUCGCAACGGCUAAUCUACUGGGAGCAACACAUUGUAUCGAUGAGUUUUGAGCCUGUCAGUGAACUUAUAACUAACUUUAUAUCCCGUUGCUAUGUUGUUGCCAAGUGCAAUAUAAAGCAUAUUGCACUGCUGAAAAGUCAUAUUGCACUGCCGAAAAGUCAUAUUGCACUGACCACAAAACGCCCCUCUGGCAUAAUUAAAUUAAAUAUUGUAUCAUGAGAAAUAACAAGUAUCAAAGUAAGUCCAGCCAUGCAGGAAUGUUCAGCACUGCUGGAGUUUCUUCUUUGCAACCAUACAGGUUUUAAAAUCGUCCCAGGCUCAUUUUGUGAAGAUUCUGUGUUCCUAGACCUAGUCCUCCAGCUCCACUUCUUGAUGCACGGUCAAUUCUGGCUUCACCAUAGGCAUAGCACUAGAAGCGGCUCUUUUUGCAGGGGGCUUGAGCUGUUUUGCAGCAGUGUAGAGGCGAGCUUCUUUGGCUUGGUUGUGAUGCCGAGGAUAGUGGAGGGGGCUGUUCGAGCAGCAGUGACACUGAUGAGUAGUAUA